AUGCCCAUGGCCAGUGUGACGCCCGUGUUGUCUCUGGAGCAUCCUGAUCAACACGUCUACACAACGGAGUCCGUCAGUCUCCUCUGCCAAGGCAGAAACAGCUCUUCCGACUGGACUUACCUCUGGUUUGAUAACAAUCAAGGAACGCCUCGCCAGUCUGCUGAUCCCAGUUUGCCCAGUUACAACAUACGCUCUGCCAGCCUGACUGACAGUGGAACGUACUGGUGCCAGAUCCAGCGAGGGGAGGAAGUAUCUGGGCUCAGCAACAGCAUUUCACUGGAUGUUAUUGAGCCACCCAGACCCUUGCUGCAGCCGCUGAGCCAGCCGUUAGACGUCUUCCCCUCCGAAACCCUGGAGUUGAGCUGUGCGGUUCAGGGCAGUUCUGCAUGGAUUUUUAACUGGUACAGAAACGGACAACAGAUCAGUGAAAACUCACACAUGUCCCUGAACGGUGAGGGUUCAACUCUCACCAUCAGCCCUGCACCACAAGCAUCAGGGGAAUAUUCUGGAAGUUACUCCUGCAGAGCUCAACACAAGAACAGAUCGGUCGUCUCCGGGGACAGCAACUCAGUUCGCCUCCAAGUCUACGAAAGCAAACCCAAGCCCUUGAUGACUCAGAGUCCCAGUGUGGAGGAGGUGUACGUAGGAGAGCCGGUGAAUUUUGGCUGUGGUGUGGACGUCUCGUCUGGAUGGGAGUUUCUCUGGUACAGAAAUGGAGCAUUACUCCCUGCGAGUGGCAAUAAGUUCAAUAUAACGUCUGUAACUCCAGCAGACAGUGGCACUUAUCACUGCAUGGCCAGAAGAGGCAAAAUAAUAUUCGAUACAGAAAACAGCGAAACUCGGACUCUACGGGUCUCAGAGCGGCCUGUCCCAUCCUUGGCCCUGAGGAGCCCGUGGCAGGACGUCUUUGUGUCUGAAGAGGUGAAGCUGAGCUGUGGCGUCCAGAACAGCAGCGCUGAAUGGACUUACGAAUGGUUCAAAGACAGCCAAGCGGUUCAGAUGGACGACUCCGUGGCUCAGAGUUCAGACGGAGCGUCUCUGGCCAUCUCCUCUGCUUCUGACGAACACCGGGGAACGUACUCGUGUCGAGGGCGACAUCGAAGCCGGCCCGUCAGCACUAAAACAAGUGAUGGGCUUUUACUUAAAGUCUACGGUAUUCCUGUCCCAUCUCUGAGACGAGACACGUCGUGGCCUGAUGUGUUCCCGUCUGAGACAGUGGCGCUGACCUGUGGCAUGCAGAACAGCUCUGACUGGAUCUACACAUGGCACAGAGAUGGACGGAGACUCGAAGUCCAUCCCGACCUGUCCUUUGGGCCAGACACGUCGUCCCUCAGCUUGACUCCAGCCAAACCGGAGUUCUCGGGGACGUAUGCCUGUGAUGGAGAGCACAAGCACAGACGUGUAAAGACUAAAUCCAGCAACCAACUCCAUGUCACAGUCCAUGAAAGCAAACCCAAGCCCUUGAUGACUCAGAGUCCCAGUGUGGAGGAGGUGUACGUAGGAGAGCCGGUGAAUUUUGGCUGUGGUGUGGACGUCUCGUCUGGAUGGGAGUUUCUCUGGUACAGAAAUGGAGCAUUACUCCCUGCGAGUGGCAAUAAGUUCAAUAUAACAUCUGUAACUCCAGCAAACAGUGGCACUUAUCACUGCAUGGCCAGAAGAGGCAAAAUCAUAUUCAAUACAGAAAACAGCGAGACUCGGACUCUACGGGUCUCAGAGCGGCCUGUCCCGUCCUUGGCCCUGAGGAGCCCGUGGCAGGACGUCUUUCCCUCUGAAGAGGUGAAGCUGAGCUGUGGCGUCCAGAGCAGCAACGCUGAAUGGAUUUACAAAUGGUUCAAAGACAGCCAAGCGGUUCAGAUGGACGACUCCGUGUCUCAGAGUUCAGACGGAGCGUCUCUGGCCAUCUCCUCCGCUUCUGACGAACACCGGGGAACGUACUCGUGUCGAGGGCGACAUCGAAGCCGGCCCGUCAGCACUAAAACAAGUGAUGGGCUUUUACUUGAAGUCUACGAUCAAAUACCCCGGGCCCUACUGACCCAAGAGCCAGGAUAUGAAGACAUGUAUGCGGAGGAAACCGUGUCCUUCAGCUGUAACGUUAACGUCUCAGGCGGUUGGGAGUAUCUGUGGUACAAAGAGGAAACUCGUCUCACCACCGCCAGAAGCAGGCACACCAUCAUGUCUGUCGUCCCGGCGAACACGGGAGCGUAUCGAUGCAAAGCCAAAAGAGGCCAGACAAACGCCUUACAGUCCGACCUGAGCAAGUCUUCGAACAUCAGAGUUCGAGUGCGUCCGAUGGCUGUGGUGGUGCUGUUAAACGGCUGGUCCGAAGCUUUUUCCACAGAUACUCUGGUGCUCAGGUGUGUGGUGCAGGAAAGCCAAUACACCUGGAACUACACCUGGUUCAGAGAAAAAGAGGAGAUACCGCUGUUUCAUUCUGACCAGCACCUAGUCACGCCUCAGGAUGACCCUCAGCAGAGCCAGUACACCUGCAAGGGCGUCCGCACAGGGCGGCCAUCUUAUUCGACCCUGAGCGAACCCUUCAAGACCAAGAACCUCCUUUUGAAGAGGCGGCUGCUUCUGUCCAUCUCUGGUGUGCUUUUCUUUGGCAUCAUCUUUGUCGCCGUUGGCUGCAUUGUCCUGAGAGCCACCCGCAAACAAGCUGAAGAGUCCACGAAUCUAGAAGAGCCCGACUUGUUCCUCACCAUGGCUGAGCUGAAGGCACGCGAUGAUGCACCCUGCCCACUGGCUGAAUACAUCACAGAAGAACAACUGAUUAGAUCUGCUGAAGAUGGCGAGGACAACGGCGCCGUCUGCAGUGAGACGACACCCCUUCCCAUAAGUUCCCCAGAGGACCAGGAGGGGACAUCCGAGAGCCUGGGCCAUGCAGACAACGGUGGUCUAACGUCCUUCAAGUAAUGACUCGUGUGUUUGUGGUGUUUCUGCGUCAUUGUUGAAGACAAGAAAGACUGGGACAUGCUCGUUCUAGAUGCAGG